CAACAUCCUGCCAACAUGUCCGUCGAUGACAUUCCACUGCCACGCAAUGGCUUUUAUGUCUUGGUCACAGGUGCUAACAGCGGCCUCGGCCUGGGAGUCGGCGCCCGUCUCAUCGACGAAUUCUUGCAGACCCGCCCCCAAGAUGAAUCGCUCGUCCUCAUUGUGACCACGCGGGACCAGAAAAAAGGCGAUGCAACCGUCCAGGCGCUACAGCAGCAUAUCCAGCACCUGUGCCGGAAGGCGGAGCAGAAGAUACCAGGCAUAUCCCCGGUUCUACAGCAUCGUGUACACCUGCGACAGGAGAGGCUGGAUCUCCUGAGCUUAGUAUCGGUGCAGCAACUGGCCAGGCGGCUCCGGGACACAAUACCGAAGCUGGAUGCAGUCAUAUGCAAUGCUGGGAUAGGCGGCUGGACAGGGUUGAACUGGCCUCUGGCAAUCUGGACCAUUUUGACAGAUCUGAAAAACGCGUCUGUCUGGCCCAAGUUCAAGAUUGCUGCCGUUGGCAAACUCACCAAGCCCCAAAUCCCGCCCAAGUCUGAUGGAAGCAAAGUGGAAGAACCCCCAUUGGGAGAGGUUUUUUGCGCGAAUUUCUUUGGACACUACUUGCUAGGACACUAUCUGGCGCCGCUGCUCGCGAGACAUGCGCAAAGUGAACAGACCAGAGGGCGACUGAUCUGGACAACCAGUCUCGACGCAUACAAGCACUCCUUCAAACUCGACGACCCGCAAGGUUUCCUAUCCACCGAACCGUACGAGACUUCGAAGCGUUUGAUGGAUCUUGUUGGCAUGACAUCGCAGCUCCCCUCGACCGCUCCCUACGUCAACAACUAUCUGUCGCAUCCCGAUGAGCCCGCCGAAAAGACAACCCAACCGCGCAUUUAUCUCGCCCACCCUGGCAUAGUAGGCACUGCAAUUGUACCCCUGCACAUCGUUCUAGAGUAUUGCAUGAUAUUCGUCUUCUACAUUGGUCGCUGGCUUGGGCAGCAAUGGCACAACGUGACGGUAGACAAGGCGGCCGUAUCUAUGGUAUGGCUUGCUCUGGCAAAACAGAGCACGCUAGAUGACAUGGAACGAAACGAGGGUGUGGCAAAGUGGGGGAGUGCAACAGACAUGUGGGGAAACGAACGGGUGGAGCGUACUGAGGUGGCUGGAUAUGGAUGGACUGGUCAAGUCGGCGAGAGACCGAGGAAGGGGCGUGAUCCCUUUGCGACGGACACGACGGAGGAGGAUAAGGAAGAGUUUAUGGAGCUGGGCGCAACAUGCUGGAAGGAGAUGGAGGCAUUGAGGAUCGAGUGGGAGAGGAGGCUUGAAGAAGCGGGCGUUGGGGUCAAGUUGGAUUAG